AUGGCCACUGUCACCACUCUCGUCCAGCGACCAAGAAGAGCAGCGGCUGUGCGCGCCGAAUCGCUCGUUCAAUACAACAAGCGCGGUCGUGAAGAGCGUAAAGCAGCCAAAGUCGAAAAACGAAGACGAAAAGAGGAAGCCGUCGCGGCGAAGGCAGCACCAUCACCACCAAAACAGCCAAAAAAGAAGGUGAAAAGACCAAAGACCAAAAAGAAGCAAUUUGACAAUGACAGCAACAGUAUGGGGCAACAAGUACCGCCUUCGCCACCAGAUUCUGACGACAUGACUAAUGACCAAGAACCGAACCAGGUCGCUCCUCCGGUGUCGACAAUAAGUACUGAUGAGCAGGAAGAGCGUCUCCCACGUGUGUAUCAGCUUUCAGUGGAAGUCUGGGAGCUCAUUGUGCAAGACCUGUACCCUUCGCAGCUGGCAACACUAGCCCAAGUGUCACGCACUUUCCACGACAUUGUCAACUACCUGCCUUUAUGGAGGUCUAUUUGUGCCAAAGCUGAACUGGGUGAGCCGAAGAAACGUGGCAAGUGCAAGACCUACUUUAGCUUGGUGCUGAAUAACAGUGAACGCAUCUGUGAGAAGUGCUUUUGCAAAUGCCAAAAGUCUGGAUCGAAAUCUGCCUUGCCUGUCCAAUUGCCCAACUUGGACAAGGAUGUGAACCUUUGCCGGGAUUGUCGCCGUGCUCAUUAUAGGGUCCAUCCAGAACCUGAGCCAGAAACUGAUACGGAACAAGACUUGUCGGAAGAAGGAACAGGACGACGGCGCCACUCCCAGCACCGCACACGCAUUACCAAAGGUCAUGCUAUGUCGACUUACAAGUUGAAUGAUUCGGAUAUGGACAACAUUCCUCACACAGCAACACGCAACCCAUACUAUCGCUCUGCGCCGCCGAUGCGACUCUAUUACCGAUACCGAGUUAUCCGCUAUGCGCGCGAGAUACAUGGAGGCGAAUUGGGUAUUGAAGCGAUGCGAACCAAAUCCAAGCAAACCGUCUCGACCCGCCGCCGCAACACCGAAGCACGCAUUGAACGUGAACGUCAAGAGCGUGAGGCGCGUAAGACAGAGCUCAAUCAGCGGUUCGAAGAGCUGAAAGUGGAUCGAACGUGGAUACACUGGAACAUUGAGCGCUACAUCGAUGCCAACGUUGGUUCCAUUGAAAAUUGCAUCCUCCUUGCGAGCGAACGAAUGAAGAAAUUUAACGAGCUAGCAGCGCGAAUGCGGGCAGCUGGAUACGAAGUGGACGAGCAGUCGCGCAUUACUGUAGGAUACAUGAGUGACGAAGGCGGAAGCUUGGAUAAGACUGUGCAACGGCUGACAGAGGAAGCUGUUGUAAAGCAGCACCGCGAGCUACGACUGAACGAAGUGAUCACAGCUUUGAGCAACCAUGGUCUCCCGCCUGAUCGGAAAGACAAGUCUGUCUUGUGUCGAUCGUACAUUGCCUCUGGUUCGGGUGAACUUGAUCAGGCCAUGCAGACUCUGGUCGAACUAGAUUGGUUCAAGCGGGAGACCUUCUACGGCAGCACGGACCCCAGUCGAUACUAUGAUCCCAUGAGAGACUGGCAUUUUCACCGUGAAACUUUCAUAAGCAGGAAUCCACGCAGCAAGUGGUAUGCUUUGAAUCAGUAUCUUCUCAUGCGACUGAGAAGCAACAAUUUGCAAGACGUCAAGGAUGACAACGACACCCCAGCACGACCUCCCCAAUCGCUCUGGACACGAAUCCAGGAAAUGAUGCCGAAUGUUUGGAAAACGGUGGGCAAUGAACAUGCGACUAUGGGUUUCUUUGCAGAUCAGGAGAACUUGACGCAAGCAUUGUCGUCGGAUCCCAACGAUCCAUCCUUUAUCACGGAUGAUAUGAUUAUCAAGCUGAUGGAUGAAGGUGCCGAGGCCAAGGCCAGGGGUAAUGCAAGUGGACAGGAACAGGCUCCAGAGCAAGCAAGCGGGUCUUCCUCUCAACAAGGUCGAGGUAGAGGACGACAAAACAAGCAGCAUCAACAGCAACAACUACCACCCGCACCACCUACACCGCCGUCCAACGUCUCAUUCUCAACUGCAAUGCGUCAAGCAAUUGGUGAAUCCGAAUUCCGAUCAUAUCUCGUCGCUGCUCGAGCUUUUCUGGUGCAAAAGAUCAAAGAUGCCUAUAUCCUGAGCAUACCCCAAGGGAUCCAAACAUUCAUUAACGGUUGCCGUGUGGAUCCAACAUUGACGCGUGCCACUUACGAGGAGCGCAAAAGGGCUUUUAUCCAUGACGAGAUACCCACCAUUUCACAGAAAACGAAUACCCAUGCGGCUUAUCUGAUAAUGCUACUUGAUCACGCCAAUCCAUGGAGCUACUGUCCCUCCUAUAACUAUGCUCGCUACAACUUACAGAUGCAAUAG